AUGAAAGAGGAGCCCCUGACCCCGCAGUUGCCAGACGCAGAGACAAUUGCACAGCGUCUGCGUCAAGAUCAACAAGCCUGCAGAGAGAGAAAAGUGCCUAGUAAUCUAGCAAUCCAACUAUCUUCUGCGACAGAUAACCUCUUUGACGAAAUUGCCUGGCAUCUCACUCCCCACAGCGAAGUCUCGAAAGCAUUGCGGUCGACUAGAUGCAACAGCAUUAUCAAAGGCAUCAAGGCCUACCUAAACCAGUUGGAAGUGAUGACUAAAUCAGAGGAACAUAUAUCUAUGGAUAGUAUGCAUGUCCCAACAGCAGAUGAGUUGGAGACGACACUCAAAGUAUUGGACUAUUUUCAAAAGCACAACGUGGUUUCUCCAGCAGAGGCUCUGUCUGAGGUUAUUCUAGCGGUGCAUGGCCAACUCUCCAUGGACGAGAAUACCCGACACACACAACAUGAACGAUUUCAAAGACACGGCGCACCAAAAGCCUCAGACAUGAAGAAAAGAUGCUAUAUCUGUCGGUAUCGCUUCUCGCCCACUGAAUCUCACAAACUAUACCCGUCACUAUGUCGCCAAUGUGGCAUGUUCAAUAUCGGCUGCUCAAAUAUUUCUCUACCAGAAAAGUUAGACCUCACUGGUAAAAUCGCACUCGUUACUGGUGGGAGAAUAAACCUGGGUUACUUUACUGCAUUGAGACUCCUCCGCUGUGGAGCCAGAGUCAUCGUAUCCUCUCGGUAUCCAGCCGAUGCUGCAAUUCGAUACUCCACGGAGCCAGACUUUGCGCAAUGGGAGAAACAAUUGAAAGUAGUCGGUGCAGACUUCAGGACAGCAAAUGAUGCUUUCCGGCUGGUACAUAUUGUUAAACAAUUACUCUGUGCCUGGGGUGGCGAGACUCCAUCUACUACACCACAAUCCCUGGAUAUACUUAUCAACAACGCCGCGCAAACCCUCACUGAUCCAAUUAAAGGAGAAAUGAAGGCCAUUUCCAAAGAGGAAAAUCUGAAAAACAAUCCACAGGCCAUCUCCCUACUCGCAGAAUCCGAGAACGACAGAUAUACACCCCGCGUAAGAGGAGGACAACAAGCAACCUGGAUCCCACGCAUUACGAGCAACAAAACUCAGCCUCAAAUUGAAGACACGGGCAGUACUCAACCUACAAACCAAAUAGCCACGAAAGGUCUCCGAACAAUCGACGAUGAAGAUGAAGAACCCUCAAAAUCAUCCUGGGUCCAAUCCCUCCACGAAAUCCCCUACGCAGAUCUAAUAAGCGCCCACUCUGUCAACGCCUUCGUGCCGCUGAUACUCUGCCGCGAACUCCUCUCAGUGAUGGGCACUUCAACCUCCUCCUCUGCUUCUCCCUCUUCACCAUCCACGCCGGCAGGAUAUAUAAUCAACGUCUCAUCCCGCGAAGGGAUACUGGAAGAUACACCACAGUCAAGCAGCAAAGCCGGACACCACGUACACACGAAUAUGUCCAAAGCAGCGAUCAAUAUGAUAACAGAGACAGAAGCACACGCUGCAUGGAAGGGACGGCGUGUUGCUAUGAAUUCUGUUGAUCCAGGAUAUAUGAGUGCUGCGCCGGAAUGCCGGACUGUGGAGGGAUGUCCGAUUGGGUUUGAGGAUGGUGCUGCGAGAGUUUUGUGGCUUGUUGCUGUCGGGGAAGUUGAGCGAAGGGUCAUUUGGGGGAGGUUUUUGAAGCACUUUCGAGAGGGGGUUGCCAUCACGCGGAGAGGGUAG